GGGCGUUCUUGUUCGGUUCAACGUCAACCAAAAAAAAAAAUAUCGAGACUGAGUGGAGCGUCAUGACGUUAUCACCGUCAAAAUUUCCAGCCCGGUUCAUCAUAAAGCUAACGCACCGUCUACUUCUUCUUUUCUUCACCUUUUCUCUUGGCCCCUCUAUCUUUUCGUCACUAAACCAUGUCAUUUCAAAAAACUGGAAACGGCGCUUCUGCUUCUGACAAGCAGCACCCUCACACUUUGUCCACUCUGGACUUCCAAGGCGCAAGCUCUGCUGCUGCUGCUAAAGCUAUGAGAGCUGAACUUGCCAACCUCGCUUCACAAGUUCAAGACGAAGAGGCUCGUAAGUACUUUUCCAACGAGAUGGACAACUUUUUUGUCCUCUUCACCCGUUACCUGAACGAGAAGGCCAAGGGUACCAAGAUCUCAUGGGAUAAAAUCCAAUCACCCUCCAACGAGCAGAUUGUUCCCUACAAGAACUUGGAUCAGAUCUCAGCUCCCAGUGAUCUCAACAAACUUGCUGUUCUGAAGUUGAACGGAGGUCUCGGCACCACUAUGGGGUGCGUUGGUCCAAAGUCCGCCAUCGAGGUUCGUGAUGGAAUGACUUUUCUAGAUUUGAGUGUCCGCCAAAUCGAGUACCUGAACAAGAAGCACGAUGUUAGCGUGCCAUUUAUCUUGAUGAACUCAUUCAACACUGAUGAGGAAACAAAGAGAAUUGUCCAAAAGUAUGCUACCCACAACAUCGAAAUCCUCACUUUCAACCAAAGCCGACACCCUCGUAUCAACAAGGAAUCGCUUCUUCCCGUUGCUCGCUCGCCUGCUUCUCCCAUUGAUCAAUGGUAUCCUCCUGGUCACGGUGACUUGUACGAGUCUCUUUAUAACUCUGGUCUUUUAGACCAGCUGAUUGCACAAGGCAAAGAAUAUUUGUUUGUUUCCAACGUUGACAAUUUGGGAGCAACCGUUGAUCUCUCUAUCUUGCAUCAUAUGGUCCAAACUGAAGCUGAGUUCAUUAUGGAAGUCACUGACAAGACCAAAGCUGAUAUCAAGGGUGGUACUCUCAUUGACUACGAUGGUCGUAUUCGUCUUCUUGAAAUUGCUCAAGUUCCUAGUGAACAUGUUGAGGACUUCAAGUCCAUUAAGAAGUUCCAGAUCUUCAACACCAACAAUCUUUGGAUCAACCUCAAGGCCGUCAAGCGCGUCUUGGAAGAAGAAUCUAUGGAUCUUGAAAUCAUCGUUAACAACAAGACCACCGACAAUGGUGAGAAGGUUAUCCAGCUUGAAACUGCCGUUGGUGCUGCUAUCAAGCAUUUCAAGAAUGCUCAUGGUAUCAAUGUUCCCCGAAGCCGCUUCUUGCCCGUCAAAUCAACCUCCGACUUGUUCUUGGUCACGUCUGAUUUGUAUAGCUUGAACCAUGGUGAACUUGUCAUGAGCCCCAAGCGAAUGUUCAACACUGUUCCUCUUGUCAAGCUUGGAGAUCACUUCAAGAAGGUUAAUGGCUUUAUGGCUCGCUUCAAAGGCAUCCCUCAUAUUCUAGAGUUGGACCACCUUACUGUCACUGGUGAUGUUACCUUUGGUUCUAACAUUGAGCUCCGUGGUACUGUCAUCAUUGUUGCCAAUCACGGUGACAGAAUUGACAUUCCAUCUGGAUCUGUCCUUGAAAACAAGGUCGUCAGUGGUAACUUGCGUAUUCUUGACCACUAAAUGUUGCAGUUGACAGCCGCAACAUCUUCAUCUACAUGACUAGUCCAUAUUUCACACUCACGUCCUUUUAAGUACCUUUUUUUCCAUAUCGUUUAUCCCACUUUUUUCCCAUGUUGCCAACCUACUCUAGCCCAUCUGUCUCUUGAAAGGAAACAAAAAUUAAACUUUAGCAUCUUUCGCUGGCAAACAAAACAGACGGGACCUGCUGUGAUUUAUGUAAAGGAUAUAUUUCUUUUCUUUCCUUCAUAGUUGAGAGUACAUUCGUUUUGGCCGUGGCGGAGGAUAUUCUAUAGUGUCA